AUGACUGUUCUAAUCAAACACAACUUACAUAAGGUGUUCGUGAAUGGAGACUGGCUAGGCUGUGUGCAAGACUUUGGAUCGUUCCUUGACCGAUACCGCCACAAGCGACGUGUUGGAGAGAUCAACAUGUACACAACAGUAUCGCAUAACAUCAUCGCAAACGAGAUCCAUAUGUGGGUCGACUCAGGUCGAUUGAUCAGACCGCUACUGGUUGUGAGCAACAACAUGAAGGACAAGGACUAUACGCACGAGAAGUUCCGUCAAUGGAUUAACUUUAAGAAUGACCAUGUUAAGCAACUUCGCGAUGGAACUAUUGAUAUCGACGAUCUUGCGCAUGAAGGCAUCGUGGAGUAUAUAUCGCCUGAAGAGCAUGAAAACACUUACAUUGCAUUUGAGCAUGAUCGAUUCAAGCAGCACUUAAAGGAUCCACUUCAUCGUUAUACGCAUGUUGAUAUCCCACAAGGCAACAUGGGUUUAGUUGCACUGACUAGUGUAUUUGCUAAUCACAAUCAAGCAGCUCGUCUCGUGUUCCAAACGAAUCAAGUCAAGCAGACCAACAGCUGGGCGCUAAAGAACUGGGCAUUCACUGCUCAUAAGGACUUGUAUCAUCAGGUGUAUAACGAAGAUCCAUUGGUUAGUACCUUUGCGUAUCGCCACAUCCCGCCGAUGUGCACAAACGCUAUUGUCGCAAUCUCAAUCUAUGGAGGAUUCAACCAAGAAGACUCAUUGAUCGUAAAUAGAUCAUCGGUUGAUCGCGGUCUCUUUGAUGCGGCGCACUUGACUUAUGAUAAGUGCGACAUUGAACAGAACGAAAUCGUAUGCAGGCCAGACCCUAGCAAUACCUCAGAUAUCAAAAGCUAUAGCAACUAUGAAAAGCUUGUCAAUGGUAUCAUCCCUGAAGGCGCAUAUGUGCAAGAAGGGGAUUGUCUUGUUGGUAAAGUCGCAAAGAUGCAAAAGGGCGAUAUGAAAGACCCUAACAUCGUAUAUACUGAUCGAAGCAUGGUUUAUCGUCACAAGGAGCCUGCUUACAUCUGGAAGGUCAUCCACACGCAAAACCAUGAUGAUCGUGAAAUGGUCAAGAUUGUGUUCCAAACAUUCCGAAGCGUCAAGCUUGGAUGUAAGUUCAGCAAUAGGAGCGGUCAAAAAGGUGCCACAGGCUUUCUCUAUGACGAUACAGAUAUGCCAACUACCGCAACAGGUAUUAAGCCUGACCUGAUCUUUAAUCCUCUCUCAUUGAUUACUCGUAUGACCACGGGCGUUAUCUUUGAAGGAAUGCUCGCCAAGAUCGCAGCGCAUACAGGAACAUGCCCGGAAGCUACGAUGUUUAAGAAGCUUGACACUGAUAAUAUCGCGUCGACGCUAAAAGCAUGCGGAUUCAACCAUAAUGGUACUGAACGAUUGUACAAUGGUAUGACGGGACAGUACAUGGACGCAGAGAUCUUCAUAGCGCCUAUCGCAUAUCAGAGACUUCAAAAAGAUACCUGCGAUACCGUGUAUGCCAAUUCUAUCAGUCCCACUGAUGCAUUAACAAAACAGCCACUGCAUGGCAAAAGGAUUCUCGGCGCUCUGAAGGCAGGCAGCAUGGAGACGGCAUGCCUCAGUGUCGCUAGUAUCAAUUUCCUGCAAGAGAAGACUCAUGAGCACAGCGACGGUAUUAAUGCAUAUGUUUGCGAAAAGUGCAAUUCAAGAGCGGUUAUUGCAAACGAGGAAAAGAACCUAUGGAAGUGCAACAACUGCGGCGAUCUUGCGUCUAUUACAAAGUUCUCUACCUCGCACAGCAGUCAGUUGUUCUUAAAUGAAAUGGCUGGAAUGAGUGUCGGAAGCAAGAUCCAUAUGAAGAAAGCUACAUUCGAAGUACCAGAGUAA